AUGCAUUUGCGACUCUUCGCCAUUGUGAUAUCCUUGCUAUAUGAGGUGAUCAGGAUGGGGUCUGGCAUCCUGCAGAAGCAAAGUGCUCAGAAAGAGAUGUCAGAGGACUGUCGGAGCUGUCUGGAGUGUUCCAGUGGCAAUGGCUGUGUGCGUUGCCCCGAGCGACUCUUCCUGUUCUUGCAGAGGGAUGGGAUGUCUCACCAUGGAACUUGUCUCCACGCCUGCCCGGCUGGACACUAUGGACAGAGAGGGAAGGACAUCAGCCGCUGCAUGAAGUGCCGCUCUUUGGACUGUGAGCACUGCUUCAGCCGGGACUUCUGCACCAAGUGUAAGCCUGGUUUUCAGCUGUACAAAGGAAAAUGUCUGAGCCACUGCCCAGAGGGAACCUUCAUCCACCAGACAGACUGCUUUGAGGACUGUUCCGUGGCUCCGUUGGGAGAGUGGAGUGAUUGGAGCAUCUGUCUCCGUGACGGCCUCACCUGUGGAUUCAGAUGGGGCAAGCAGACCAGGACCCGUGGAAGAAGCCAGUCUGGGAGAACACCUGAGGAGCAGUCACUGUGUCCCACCCACAGCGAGACACAAAAGUGCAGGAUGAAGAAAAAGUGCCCCCAAGGCUGUGAUCCAAAGUGGGCCGGUCUGAGGUAUGAAAGUCCAGGGCUGAGUCCCACUCUGGCCCUGCUAAGAGACAUAUUCAACAGAGACAAACAGUGGAUGUCAGAGUUUUACAACAAAAUGUGA